AUGAGUGCCUCGACGCCUGCAGUUUUCGCUGACAACCCUGUAGCCAGGCGGAGGAAGAAACACUGGAAAGACGAUGCUUUACUGGCUCGCCUGGGUUACAAGAGCCAAUUCAGGCGCGAGUUCUCGUUGCUCGAAACUAUUGCGUUUGCAUUUUCUAUUAUGGGAAUUAGCUCUGCCGUUUCCACAUCCUUCUACUUUCCUCUUGUUGCAGGAGGACAUGCGGGCAUGAUUUUCGGAUGGCUCAUACCCUGCUUCUUUGUGCUGUGUAUCGCUUGUUGCCUUGCUGAGCUAACUUCUUCGAUGCCCACCAGCGCUGGCCUGUACUAUUUCUCCGCGAAAUUGGCACCAGAGAAAUAUUCUGCGCUUGCAUCUUGGAUCACAGGGUGGGCGAACAUCACUGGACAAGUCGCCCUUGUCUGCUCUAUAGGUACUAAUGGAGUCUCUACGGCGGAUGCGUUCACAUUACUCGAAAAUAAUACAGGCUGGAAAAACGGUACCUUCUUAUCUUUCAAGUCCCAUAGUGUGACUCUGAUUCCUCUUGCAGAUGGCUGGGCGUUCUUGCUUGCUUUCACUGCACCAAUGUGGUGCCUGACUGGAUACGAUGCCGCUGCUCAUAUUUCCGAGGAGACAGCUGGCGCAGCGCGUUCAGCGCCGAUUGCUAUAAUGACAGCGGUUAUAUUCACCGAAGUCUUUGGCUGGCUAUUCCUCAUCUCAGCCUCCUACGCCACUACGUCAGUGGACGAUCUACUUGCAUCGGAGCUACCACUGCCUAUGGGCCAAUUAUUCCUGAACGCCCUUGGCAAGAAAGGAAUGCUGGCGAUCUGGUGCCUUCUCAUAUCCAUCCAGUGGGUAAAUGGUAUUUCGCAAGGCGUCGAUGCGUCACGCGUUAUCUUCGCUUUCGCCAGGGACAAUGCAUUACCUGGCUCGCGAUGGUGGAAGCAAAUCAAUCCGUACACGCAGACGCCGGUCAACGCCGUCUGGCUUGUCAUGGCAUGUACCAUCGUCCUGGGUCUUUUUGGAUUCUCCGACGCGGCAUUGUCUUCGCUUGCUGGAGCGACUGUGGUCGGGAUAUACACCUCCUAUGGGAUUCCCAUAUUCUUACGUAUCACCUCUGGGAGAGGGAAGCUCAAACCGGGACCUUUCUCUCUUGGAAAAUACUACAUGCCAAUUGGAAUCAUCUCAGUCGCGUGGAUCGCUUUCGUUGAAGUGCUCCUCCUGUUCCCAUACACCGAAGCUCCUGCGCCAAUAGAUAUGAACUACGCUAUUGUACUUGUUGCUGCCGUCCUUCUCUUUGCGUCCGCUUCAUGGGUGCUCUCUGCGCGUAAAUGGUUUACGGGGCCUGUACCGAAUGUUGAGCGCGACGACUCUGAUUUGGAUGUCACGGAGGUAGAGGUAGGGAAGGACGAAAAGCUGUAA